AUGAAUGCUCAAAAAUGGUUUUUGUGGUGUUUAAUUUCUACAAAUUGCUAUCUUGUAAACAGUUUGCCAACACCAAAGGACGUUUCAAAUGGACAGCCAUUGUUUGAUGAUCUUCAUUAUCGAUACAGAAGAGACACUUCAGGUUCAAACAAUGGAUCGUGUGUAUGUGUAUGUUCGUCAACUGCCAUGCCGGAGACAUCCGAAAUGACAUCAAUGAUGUCGACAACGUCAACAACAACUACGACGGGAUUCAUCACGACCACAACGACUGCUUCCAUCACUACCACUACGACUACCGAAUCGACCACGACAACAUCGGUAUUAUCCACAACUACUACGACAGGAUCCAGUACGACAACCACAGAAUCGACUACGACGACAUCGGGAACAUCGUCAACUACGAUGGGAGCCUCUACGACAACCACAGAAUCAACCACCACUGCAUCGGGAUCAUCCACCACUACUACGACAGGAUCCAGUACGACCACGACAGAAUCAACUACAACUGCAUCGGGAUCAUCCACAACUACUACGACUGGAUCCAGUACGACCACGACAGAACCAACCACCACUACUUCAGGAUCAUCCACCACUACUACGACAGGAUUCAGUACGACCACGACAGAAUCAACCACAACUGUAUCAGGAACAUCAACAUCUACUACGACAUUAUCAGGAUUCUCCACAACGUCUGCAACAUCUAUAACAUCUACAUCCGUAACAGGAUCUACCACAACUACGUCAGAAACAUCUACAACAUCAUCAACUAUGAUAGGGUCCACCACUACGACUACUACGGAAUCCACUACCACAUCUACGAUGACAUCCACAAGGUCUACCACGUCUAGCACAGCAUCCACCACGACAUCGUCAAUUGUGACGGGCUCUACUAGUACUUCAUCCACAGCUCUAACAACCGCAACAGAUUCCACCACAUCAUCAUCAUCAACCACUACGGUAUCCACUACGAGCACUUCAUCGACGAGUUCUACAACAACCGUCGCUGCAGUCGGAACAUUAACAACAUCUACAACGACAACUAGCAGUGCUGCUACAAGCACAUCCAGCACUACUACCACUAGCGUAACAACAACUUCGAGCACAUCCACUACUACUACGUCCACAACGACUACAACAACUACUACGACUACGACGACUACAACCACAACCACUACCACUACCACAUCCACAUCCACAACAACCAGUCCUACAACGACCACGACUAGCACAACUACUACGACUACUACAACUACUACUACGACUACUACAACUACCACUACGACCACUACCACCACUACCACGACGACCACCGCCUGCUUUGAUGUUUGCAGUAGAUGGUAUUGCCAAACACAUGUAACAGUUAAUUUCACAUGUCUCGAUUAUUACGGCGUAUAUCCUAUUCAAUACAUCUCAAGUGGCACCUCAAGCACUGACUCAAUCCUAGCUGAUCGUAUCAAGGCGCUUGAAGAUGAGAAUUUCCGCCUAAAAUUAGGCUUGGGCUUAGGUUUAGGCGGUGCUCUCGCCAUCGCUAUUGGUGUAGCAGCCGCGAUAUACAUUUAUUAUUCUAGACGAACCGCUGAAUUCACGCCCUCAUCAGCUACAUUUACUGGUUUAAAUGAUGGAAAUCGUUUUUAA